AUGAGCCGAGAGCGGGAUGGGAGCCGUCCCUCGGUGCGGCGCUCCCCGCGCUGCCGCCCGCCGUCCCGCGGCGCUCGUCCUUCGCUCCGGGACGGGUCUGAGGGCGGAGGUGUCCGGGGCGUCCCGCACCGCGUCCCGGAGGGGUGCCGGGCGGCCCGGGAGAGGGAACGGCGCCGAGAGCGAACGCCGCAGGGCUCGGAGCCGUGUCCGCGGCGCCUGGACUGCGCCCUGCAGCGACGGAAGUUCUGCCCGCUGGGAUCGAGCACCUGCGGCCCCUGCCUGCCCAACUUCCUGGAGGACAGCCAUGGACACUGCCUGCAGGAGAAGCGCUCGCCCAGUGGGAGGACGUCUGUUCCCAGCUUAGAGGAAGAAAUCGACUUUCUGGCAGACGUGCUGGCCAGGCAAGAUGCUACCCGUCCCCACGCCCUGCGAGAUGGCAAGCCCAGGACCACCCCUUCCCCCACCGGGAGACAGCGAGCGCCCAGCAGGCUGAGGCAGGAGCUUCUGCAGCGGGGCCCGGCCAGCAGCAAGGCAGCUGUCACCCUCCCCACCUCUACCACUGCCACUGCACCGAAGUACCCCGUGGAGGCCGCCCCUGUCCCUUCGAAUGACGAUGUGGUGCUCGGGCUGAUCGUGGUGUGCACACUGGCUGGGAUCUCCGCUCUGAUUGUGGCUGCAGUCUGCUGGUGCAGGCUGCAGAAGGAGGUCAGGCUGGCACAGAAAGCAGACUACUCGGCGCAGAGAGUGGCCAGUCCUCUGCCCUAUGACAAGAUCUCGCCUGGGGACAAGACGCUGGCUCAGAGCGCCCAGAUGUACCACUACCAGCACCAAAAGCAGCAGAUGCUCUCCAUGGAGAAGCAUAAAGAAGAGCCCAAGGUGCCGGACUCCGCCUCAUCUGAUGAAGAGAACGAGGACGGAGACUUCACGGUGUACGAGUGCCCCGGGCUGGCUCCGACCGGAGAAAUGGAAGUGAGGAACCCACUGUUCGACGACUCCUCCCUGCACCCCCCGAACCCCAGGGUGCACCCGUAACGCCCCGCGCCCGAGCUCUCUGCGGACCGCACGACCCGGGCAGGGCACGGCCCCCCCCGGCGGACUGCUCGACGCCUGCCCAAUAAACACCCACUAACAGCCGUGGGACGGGGGCUGCCCUGCUUCAAGCGUCCUUGUCCUCUUUGCCGCUGUGAUCGCGUCCCUGCCGCCGCCCGCUGCUCCGGGGCACCGAGGGGGCCGGGGAUCCCCGCUGUGUUGUGCUUUGCGGAGGGCAGGGGUCCGU